AUGUCCAGAGAUAUAAUAAGAGCGCGCUUGCGGCCGUUCGGGAUUUCAUUUGAGAAGUCUCUGACGGACCUCAUAAAGGGCAUCAGAGCGAACAAUCAGGAUCCUGAGAAAUUGGCUACGUUCUUCGACAAAUCCAUUCAGGAAUGUCGGGCUGAGCUGAAAACAAACGACCUCGAACUAAAGUCCAUGGCGAUCCUCAAGCUAGCAUACUUGGAGAUGUACGGCUACGACAUGAGCUGGUGCUCGUUUCACGUGCUGGAGGUCAUUUCCUCGCCAAAGUUCCAACACAAGAGAAUAGGAUACCUUGCUGCGAUGCAGCUGUUCCAACGGCAGAACAACGAUGACGUGCUCAUGCUGAUGACAAAUUUGCUGAAAAAAGACAUCAACUCCGGCAACUCUGUGGAUACAGGCCUAGCUAUCAGCGGCAUUGCGUCCAUAGUCACUCCUGAGCUGGCACAGGAUAUCUGUGACGAUAUGGUGCGAAUGCUUUCCCACUCCAAGCCAUUCAUAAGAAAAAAGGCCGUCUUGGCCAUGUAUAAGAUCUUCCUCAAGUACCCUGACGCAUUGAGGCUGCAUUUCGACAAAUUGAUAGAAAAACUGGACGAUGAAGACGGGUCUGUGGUCUCUGCCACUGUAAACGUCAUCUGCGAACUUGCUCAUAAUAAUGCGAAAAACUACGUGGAGCUUGCACCUCGACUCUUUGGGCUGCUGAAGGAAUCGAACAACAACUGGAUGGUCAUCAGACUUUUGAAGCUUUUGUCGUAUCUGUGUCUUGAAGAGCCUCGUCUCCGCUAUAUAUUGCUGCCGGAGGUGGUGGACCUCAUGAAUAGCACAACGGCACUUUCUUUGGUUUAUGAAUCAAUCAAUUGCAUUCACAAUGGAAAAAUGCUUACUCCUGACGAUACCAAAGUUGCAAAACUGAUAAUCAGCAAACUGAUUGGUUUUAUUCAAAACAGCGAUCAGGAUUUGAGGUAUGUGGGGUUGCUGGCGUUCAUCAAAACCUGUAAAAUUCACAAGGAACUCAUCAAAAAGCAUGAGAAAGUCAUUAUGGCAUCCACCUACGAUUCCGACCCCACAAUCAGAGAAAAGUCUUUGGAACUGAUCGAUUCUCUCGUGACCGACCGCAACAUCGUUUCUAUUGUGUCCAGACUGCUUGUCCAGCUGAUUCCUGUGGAUGAGCAGGCAGAAAGAUUGGAAUACAUCAACGUUGAGACUGAAUUGGCGCUUCAGAGUCCUCUCAUGGUGUCAGAUAAGUAUAGGCUGCUUGUCAUCACCAAAAUAAUCCAUAUAUGCUCCAUGGACAAUUACGAGCGGAUUCCAAAUUUCCAAUGGUAUCUUGGUGUUCUUGGCGACAUUCUCAAUAUCAAUGCCGAGAAUAGGCUUGCUGGUGUUGAAAAAAUGGUCACAUCGCAAUUUAUGAGUGUGGGAUUGAGAGUUCCAAGUAUUCGCAGCAGAUUGGUUCAACGCUCUCUGGAGCUGGUACUCGAUAGUUCGCGACUGGUCGGCUUAAAGGAAGGCCUACACAAUUGCAUGUGGCUUGUUGGAGAGUACUAUACAGACUAUAUCACGACACUGGAUGACGACGAUAACGACGACAGCGAUAACGAAGAAGUGUACAAAAUAACAGGCGCACAGAUUAUUAAGAACUCUAUGGCCAAACUAUUUGGAAAGUACUGUCUCUCUUUGAGACUGAAUUGGGGUCCUGAAGACCGGGUGCACCUGAUUGAGGUUUGCCAAAUACUGAUCAGGUGGCUGGAGAAAUUCCAUCAAUCUGUGAAUUUUGAGGUUCAGGAGCGCGCUGUCUCCUUCACUGAACUUCUGAAGCUCGCACUCGAGGCUGUCGAGACGGAUGAAGAGAGCUUCCCCAAUUUUCUGGUCUCUGGGUACGCGCAGCUAUUUGAACAAUAUCCAAUCAAGCCUGUUGGUCCACACGCCCAAAGUCGCAUCCCUAUAGCCAUAGACCUGGAC